AUGGCUCAAGACCCAGUCACAGCAAACCCUUCAACUCGGAAACUCCCUGAGUCGACCACAGUGUUGAUUGUCGGUGGCGGCCCUGUGGGACUAACUAGCGCUAUUGCCUUUGCUCGAUAUGGAAUGGAAAGUGUUAUUCUUGAGCGUCACGCCACCAAAUUAGGACAACCUAAGGCUCAUGUCAUCAAUCAUCGCUCUGUCGAGAUAUUCCGACAGUACGGCGUGGAUCUGGCGCCUUUGAGAGCACUUGGGCUUUCCGACGAAGAGGCCGGGGCAGUCAUCUUCGCGUCCUCCAUGAAUGGUUUGGAAUAUGGGGUGAUCAAAUCUAGUGUGGGAAAUGCUGCAGCACGAGAGGUGUCCCCACAGAUGAUGUUCAACGUUGCGCAGCCACUAUUAGAGGAGCGCCUGUUGCAAGCAGCGUUGAAAACUGGCAAAGUCACUUAUCUCCCAAUGCAUGAAUGGAAACACUGCACGGAAGAUGCGACCACCAAGGAGAUCACAUCUGCAGUCCUCCUGCGUGAAACUAAUGCCACACGAAGUAUUGCCAGCAGAUAUCUGAUUGCCUGUGAUGGAACAAAUGCAAGUUCGAGAGACAUUUUGCAAAUACCUUUUGAAACCCUAAACGGCGGACCAGAGGUUGUCUUACAUUAUGCUUCAGUCCACUUCAGCUCGGACCUGUCCCACUUCAAACCGGGCUUAUUAUGGUUCAUCUUAAACCCUACUGGUAUGGGGGUCUUCAUUGCAUAUAAUCGGAAGAACAGCUGGGUGUUUACAAUUCAAUACGAGCCCUCCGUAACUCCAAUGGCGACAUUCACGUCCGAAGUUCUUAAAGCGCAAGUAUUCAAGGCGAUAGGAGCACCUUUAGAUGACUACAAGGAACUUGGAAUCACACUAUGGAAGACUUCGCCAAAGAUCGCAGCAUCCUAUCGGUCAAAAACUGUGCCACAUGCAUUCUUGGCAGGAGAUGCUGCGCACUCAUUCCCACCUACAGGUGGGUUGGGCAUGAACACCGGCAUCGGCGAUAUUCAUAACCUAGCGUGGAAGAUCUAUGCUGUCGAGAAAGGCUGGGCUUCGGACUCAUACCUCGACACCGUCACCCCUGAAAGAUGGGCGGUUGCCAAUGACAACUCGAAACAGAGCAAAAUCAACGAGGACAAUAUUUACCGCUUGGUUAGCGCGAUAUUCAAGCCUGGGAUGACCACGGACGAGCUGUGGGCCGACGAAAUUUGUCGGAAGGAAAUACAGGAUGCUAUUCAACAUCAACGCGACCACUUUGACUCGAUCAACCUGGUAUUAGGUUACGUUUAUGGUCGAGACCAUAUUCGUGGACCCUCCGACUAUCGCAUGGAAAAUGUACCAGGAGCUCGACUGCCGCAUGGAUGGGUGGAGACUGGCACAAAUGGUCGAAUCUCGACGCUAGAUCUGGUAGAUGGGUACGAGUUUGUGCUGCUCACUUCGCCUGGAUUCACAACAGAAAGGAGGGUUGAGAUCCAGGGAGUUCCUGUGUCAGUGGUACAGUUGGAAAGAGAUUUUACUGACCCUUCGGGCGUCUGGACUAGAGUCCUUGGCCUAAAUCAAGACGCUGCCGUCCUUGUACGUCCAGAUCAACACAUAGUGGGUUCGGUUAGGAGCAUGGAAAAAGUCUCAGAUCUACUAACAGGAUACUGGAACUCCGCACAAACGUAA